AUGAGUACAAAAAUAUCCAAACCAACAAGUCAAACCACUGGUGCCUUAAAUGCGGAAGUUGGUAAAGCACGCAAAAAAUCUCCAAGGACAUCUCAAGGUCAAAAAGAAAAGCAAGAUGAUGGGUCAAAUGACCGUGAGAGUGGUCAAACCGGACCUAGAAAGGCAGCAAAAUUGCCUUCAAUGGAGAGAAAAUCCUCAACCACACGAGCACUGAUGAAACUUCGCAGUUCAGUUCAUACACUUCAGAUGCUUACACGAUUAAAUAAGCUGAAAGGGCGGGGUAAAAACCAGGCAGGAACUCCGGAGAAAGCUGGUACCCCAUCUCAGGAAGGUAUUGAUGAGAACCAGUCACCGACCCGGAAUGUCAUCUGGAACGAGGAGAUCGAAAAACUCCAGAUCAAGGAGGACUACCUCAAAACUCUCCAUGAGGGCCCUGUCCCUACUGCCCCUAAAACUCCUAAAUCCACCCGGGUCACAGUGAGAAAAAUGAAGCCAGCUUCUGAAUGGGACAAGCCCAAACCAAAAAUAGUAACUGUGGCCAGACCUGCUCCUGUGGAUGCCCCAAUAAAGGAACCAGAUUACUCAGGUUUUGCUGGUCCCCGCUAUGAUGAGGAUGGAGCACCAAUUCCUCACAGCCUACUGGGGUCCUAUGAGGAGUUCAGGAAAGAGGCCAUCAAAAGGGGGGACCUACUGGACCUACCAGUUUCACGAGAGGGUGAUGUACAGCCAGACAAACCGACCUUGAAGUACGAGAAAAAGAGACGACACAGACCUGAACCCCUCCAACCCAAUGAGAAUAAUGCCCUGAUUAACUGGCAGAUGAAAAUGAUGGAGAGAAAGAGACAGCAGGGAUAUAUAUCAAAGCUGCUACAGAAGAAUCCCGAGGAUUUAGCGAUGAAUGCUGCAGACAAUUAUCGCAGAAUUCAAGAAGAGAGAUACAUCAUUGAUAGAUCCAUACCCUUCAUAGAUUACGGAAAGGGAUAUCGUGUGGGCAGUGAGUUCUGGAAACAACAAGAGAGAUUUGGAGAUGAGGAAACUGGCAUACAUAUGACAUUGACUAAAUCAGAACAGGGCUACCCACCCCCUGUAGAACAUAUCGGUGUUCCAAAAGCCAUCAGGAACGAGAAGGGGUGGAAUUGGCCCCCCUAUCACACCACCCCAGUGCACUACCCCUGGCACAAAAACCCGUACCUAGAGGAACGAAAGAACCAGCUGAAGGAAGUCAUUAGUGAACUGGAUCCACAUAGACCGGAGUUUGACAAAUUGGAGAUCAUAGGGACGGCUAAUCCAGUGAACCAUGAACGCGUCCAGUCUAACCUCGGGAUGGUCGAGGAUGAGGAGAGACUGACUGACGGGGGUCUAGACAUGGACUACAUAGAGCCUCCACAAGAAAUAAAUGACAAAGAUGAGAGCAAAGAUGAAGCAGUCUUCGGACCAUCCAUCAGCUUCGCUGGUCAGCCCGCCCGCUGGACAGGGGACAGUCACAGCUAUGCUGACCAGAUUGGAAUUGAGGCCAGAGUGACCUUUGAGUCUCUGGCCGGUGACAGGGUCACGUCGUAUCUGUACAUUGUGAAUGACGGAACCACUGCUGUAUAUUAUGAUUGGAAGAGGCUUCCACGAGAGAACCCUUUUGACCUAGUUCAUGCCAGAGUCCAGAGAUUUUAUUUCAAUAACAGCAGUGGUGUCAUUUUGCCAGGAGAAACCAUGAAGUUCCCAUUUGUCUUCAAGUCCCCCAAUGCAGGUGUCUUCUCGGAGCAGUGGAAGUUUGAGACUCGACCGAGUUUAUGUGGGGGAGCUGCAUUAAUUGUGACACUGAGGGGGAUCGCUUUGCAGGAGGAUAAAUUCCAGAAAGAAAGGGAGGAACUAGAGAGAGACUUGCAGCAGAAGCAGGCUGAACAGGUUGCACGACAGAUCUUGUAUGACAUCAUCAGUGGAAUUAAAUCUCCCGACAGACCCUCGUCACCAAUCGAUGCUUACAUCACGGAUGAAGAAAUCUUCCACAGAAAUAAUCCCAAGCUUCACUACAAUCACACAUUGGUCGGGGAACUGAAACAGCUGUACCUAGAGAUUGCCCCCGAGGAGGAUCGAGAGGGGCGGGUGUGGGACCUAUCAGUAGAAGAUCUCAAAGACGAGAUUGUAGCCAUGGAUGAGGAUGAUGAAAGAAAAGAGAAUUUCCUCCAUCAACUGAACAUCAUCAUCUCCAAGAUGUCCUUCUGUCCAAAUAAACCAGUCAAGAAAGAUCUGUAUAAAGUGGGGUAUGAACUUUUGGUAGAGGCCGUAGACAGCAUCGUUCGGGAGUCCUAUGCGAUAAGACACACAAUGGGAUUACCUGAGAGAGAAAACGAUGACCUCCCAGAUGACUUCAAUGCGUCUCCGGAAUCACGGUUAAGUAACCGUCGUCAACCAUCACGUUUGUCUAAUGCAGACAGUGACGUCAGUGAUACCCGCAGUAAAUCCAAGGCAGAGAACAAAGGGGCAAAGGCACCACCAGAAAAGAAGCCGCCACCACCAAAAGAUGCCAAAGCAGCCAAAGGCAAGGAGGCAAAACCAGACCCUAAGGCCAAGUCCACACCCUCAGCCAAAAAGCCUGCAGGUAGUCGAGGUCCCUCAGUGACCCCUGGGCCUCCUGCCAGCACUGUUCCCCCAGAGAGGGAGAGGACACACAGCCCCCUCAGCCCAGUACCAUCAGGGGGAGAGGACUCACCCCAGGAAAAGGCAUACAAACAGAAACUCACAGCUCAGGCAUAUCUGAUUAUGGACGAAACUUUUCGAAGAGUUGGCGAAGUAUUUGAUAACAUUUCUGCCACAGAGGAUGCCAAACCUCUUAUGUUAUGACAUAGAGGGAAGUGAAUAAAGAUCAGGACUCUUAAUAUCAACUUCUGUGAUCUAAUGACAUUUACUUUUUUUAAACAUUUGGUUUUUCUAAAAAUAUAUUUUUUUUUAAAUUGUCUUGUACUGAAUACAGUGUGUGACGUAAAACUCUGGACUAGAAAUAUGACAUUAUACUGCUGAAAAAAAUAUUCACAUUGUCACUUUGAUAUGUAUUAAAAAAAAAAAGAAGAUUCCGUCCAUUUUUUUGUAUUUAUUUGUAAUAUAUGAAAACUAUAAAUUUAUUCUCUUUCUAA